AUGCUGGUUCUGCACGCUGCAAGGCAUACUUCUGUUCCUUCCGUGCAACUGAUCUUUAUAUAUGGGUUUCCCAGGCCUCAAGUCCUCAAAGUGGCCAAGAUCCUCGGUCCAAGGAAGCUGAUUCCGAAUCCCAAAAGCGGCACCGUGGUCUCAAACCUUAAAGCAGCAAUCAAGGAGGCCAAAGGGGGAACGCUCUUGGAGUACCGUGCAGAAGGAGAAGGCGAGGUGAAGGCCACGAUCGCUGACACCCACUUCUCUGAUGCGAAGAUUCUGGAAAACUUGAAAUUUCUCGUGCCCUCGCAAAUCAGUCAACGGCUGCAGGCAGGUCUCCCAGAAAUGUCCCGAAAUUGGGAGUUCUUAGCAGCAAGUAUGCGAGGUGAAACUGAUGCGAUGCGCAAGCCUCCUGGCACACCGUUGAUCAAGGGCCAAGGCCGGGGCUUGGUGAGCCAGGAAGGUGCAGAGAAUGUCCAGAUGUAUGGACCCGGAAUCGCUCAUGCCAUCUUCUGUCGGCUACUUCAGAUAGCCUUUAAAGGAGAAAAGCUCCGGUAUCUGGGUGCCCCAGAAAUCAUGGGGAAGAAGGGCGGCAAGAAGAAGGCACUGGACCCGGAGGCCGCUAAGAGACAAGAGGCGGCAGAGAAUGAGGAGAGGAGGCGGAUGGAGAUGAUCAGGGAAGCAAAGCGUUUGCGAGAAAAUUGCGAACGCGAGGAAAGUCAUUUUCAUCAGUUCCUUAUGGAGCGCGAGAAGAUCAACUACUUCUGGAUUGUGGAGAAGAAAACGCUCACGGAGAAGCAAGCUGACCUUCGCAACAAACAGCGAGAAUUGCAAGAUCUAGAAGAGCGACAGCAAAUUGAGCUGAAGAUGUUUCAGCAAAGGCUGAAACAUUUGAGAUACCAUCAACAGGAUGAGGUAGUGGAGCUCAAGACUGACGCCGAACUGUCUCUGAAGCUCCAAGAAGAUCAUCACAGGAUCACUGAGGCAGAGAUCAAGAAGGAUCAGCGAGCGCUGAAGAUGGAGAAGAAAGAAUCAGAAGUCGCGCAGCAAGACUUCACCCGCAUGCUGAAGCUUGAGCAGGACCAAAAGAUUCUGGAACUCAGACACGAGUUCGAUCGCAAGGCCCGCGAUAUGCAGCAAAAGUAUGAGCUGAGAAUGAAAACUAUCCGCGAAGAAAUGGAGAAGCAGCGACGCAAGCAGAUUCAGAAGAUCGAGGAGUCGAAGAAUGCUCAGAUUGAGCAGGUCAUGAAGAAAAACCAGUUGGACUUUACUGAGAUCAAGGUCUACUACCAGGAGAUCACAGUCUCAAACUUUGAUUCCAUCAAGCGACUCAAGGAGGACUAUGCAACCAUCAAGAAGGACGAGAAUGACGAUGCGAAGAAGAUGUAUGACUUAGAGCAGCGAAGCAAGCAGCUCAAGGAGCCCAUGAAGAAGGCAAACCAGGACGUUGAGCGUUUGGAGCAGGAAAAGGAAGCCUACAAAGAGGACAAGAAGCGGCUUGCUCAAGUAAAGGAGAAGAUCAAGCAGUCCGAGACCCUCCUGAAGCGCAUGGAGUUUCAGCAUGAGGUCCUUCAACAACAGCUUGCUCAAGUCACGUCAGAGCGGGAGGAUCUCUACACAAAGUUUCAACAAGCAAUAUAUGACGUGCAGCAGAGAAGUGGCUUGAAAAACCUGAUCCUCGAAAAAAAGAUUGACACUGUAGAAGAGGCGCUGGAAACAACGGAGGCGCAGAUCACAGAACUUUUGGCGUCUGCCAACGUCGCAGCCUCAGAUUUUGUUGGCAGGCUGGUGUCGGCGCAGAGAUUGGGUCAUUCCCGAGAUUUGUAA